AUGGCCCUCGCGACAGGGCACGUCGCCGGCCAGUUGCGGCACCUCAUCUACUACCACCUCGACAACAACCUGAUCCGAAACGCUCUCUUCCUUGCUGGACGUCUUCAUGCCUAUGAACCGCGAUCCUUCGAGGCCCAGUACCUCCUUUCCCUCUGCCAUCUUCUCGGUGGCGAAGUCAAGGCCGCCUUGGAGUGCAGCCAGAGCUCUGGCUCACGGGGCCUGCAUGCAGGCUGUGCAUAUGUUUACGCUCAGGCGUGUCUGGAUUUGGGCAAAUACAUCGACGGCAUCACGGCACUGGAACGCAGCAAAAGCCUCUGGGGCUCAAAAAACCACUGGACUCAACUAGAUAAACACAGUGAAACACACCGACAACAUCUACCGGACGCGGCGGCGGUCUUCUCUUUACUCGGAAAGCUAUGGCAUGCUCAUAAAGACUUGAACAAGGCGGUGGAUUGCUAUGUGGAAGCUCUGAAACUCAAUCCGUUCAUGUGGGAUGCUUUCCUCGGGCUGUGUGAGACGGGCGUCAAUAUCCGUGUUCCUAAUAUCUACAACCUCAGCCCGGAGCUCCUCGCCAUUAUAUCGUCGUCGUCCCCGGAGGAAAAGGAUACCUCAUCGGAUCAUCCCGCACCAGGAGAAGGUCCGUUUUCCGUGCAAACAGCCAGCAACCCCAGUGCCGACCCUUUUAUGGUUCCUACAUCUCGGGUCGAUUCCGAGACCACUUUUGGAAGUUCCGCUCUUUGGGAGAAACUGAAUGGCAGCUCCGUUAGUGUUGCAGCUGUUGCGCAACCUGUCAUCCAUGAGGGAGCUCAGACCCCCCAGAGCAGUGGAUCUGAGGAGUUCCGCAUUGCGAAUGGAGUCACCGACCCAGAGUCUGCAUGGGAACCCCCACUGGCUCCGGCUAGGAAGAACCGCACAAUCCAAACUCUCAACAUGGACCAUCCCGUAAAUCCUCCACCAAAAAUGCGGCCAACGGGCAUCCGCCCACGGCCCAAAACUCGAAUUGAACCAGACGAUCAACCUGCCGAACGUGAACCUCCGCCUGCACCCAGAAUGGCAGAUCGCAAACGUACAGUCUCUGGCCAGGUGGCUCACCCUCAAGCUCAACAACCAACGGAACCCGGAGCUCCACAACGCCGGAGCGUGCGAUUGUUCAAUCAAAUCAAACCUACCACGAGCAAACUCUCCAACACCACACUAGCCGGAAGAGAUGGGCGGGAAAUGAAAAAGAUCCGGGGUAUCAGCUCAAGGAGCCGUCCUGGGACCACUUCGACUGUUGGCCGCGUCGUGAGCGGCAACCGGAAACCCAUGGAGGCCACAGAUGCCGAUGGCAAGGACAAUCGCCUAACGUCGGUGCCACCCGUCCCACCUUUGCCCAGAAAUUCCGAGAAAUCCAAGGAUAUUGAGGCCUUGAAUUGGCUCCUGGGGCUUUUCAACAAACUUGCCUCUGGCUAUUUCGCUUUGAGCAGGUACAAAUGCCCAGAUGCGAUCCAGCACUUUGGUUCGCUCUCCCAGGGUCAACGUGAAACGCCUUGGGUUUUGUCUCAGCUUGGUCGAGCGUACUUUGAGCAGGCCAUGUAUGCCGAGGCUGCCAAGUAUUUCUCUCGAGUCCAGAUCGUGGCGCCCUCCCGGCACGAGGACAUGGAAAUCUAUUCGACUGUGCUGUGGCAUCUGAAAAGUGAUGUUGAGCUGGCUUACUUGGCGCAUCAGUUGCUGGAGUCGGACCGGCUGUCACCACAAGCGUGGUGCGCCAUCGGCAACUCAUUCUCCCACCAGCGGGAUCACGACCAGGCUCUGAAAUGUUUCAAGCGAGCCACGAUGCUAGACCCGGAGUUCGCCUACGCGUUCACUCUCCAGGGACACGAGUAUGUUGCCAAUGAAGAAUACGACAAGGCUCUUGAUGCCUACCGGCACGGAAUCAACGUAGAUAGCCGGCACUACAACGCAUGGUACGGACUUGGCACGGUGUACGACAAGAUGGGCAAACUUGACUUUGCCGAGCAACAUUUCCGCAACGCUGCCAGCAUCAACCCGACAAACGCAGUGCUCAUCUGCUGCAUCGGGUUGGUUCUCGAGAAGAUGAGUAACUCGCAAGGCGCCCUGAUCCACUACAGUCGGGCGUGCUCACUCGCACCGCAGUCGGUGUUGGCUCGAUUCCGCAAAGCCCGCGUACUCAUGAAGCUGCAAGAGUACAAGUAUGCUCUGCAGGAGCUGACGAUCCUCAAGGACAUCGCGCCCGAUGAGGCGAACGUGCAUUACCUGCUCGGCAAACUGUACAAAAUGCUCAAGGACAAGGCCAAUGCAAUCAAGCACUUCACGACCGCCAUGAAUUUGGAUCCGAAGUCGCAAAGUCCCACCACCAUGUCAAUUUGCUCGUAUAUCCUACGAGGCAUCGGCUCAUUCAUUGUCGUGACCCUCUCUCUCUUCGCACUGGGCCAAAAAGUGCCCAAAGCCGCCUUCCUCGCCCGCUGUUUAGCCGCCUACGGCUCCCUCCUCCUAUGCGCCGCCUACGGCGUACUCGCGUCAAUCGUCCUCCGUCUGUUCGGCUACGGCCGUGUCUCACAAUGGGCCACAGCGCGCAGCUUCAAGUUCGUCAUGCGGUACACGACCGGUGUGAAGUUCGAGAUCGUCGAGGGCCAGGAACACCUCUCUACGCGCCCCGCCGUCUUUCUCGGAAACCACCAGUCGGAGCUGGAUGUGCUGAUGCUCGGAUACAUCUUCCCACCGUACUGCAGCGUCACGGCCAAGAAAUCGCUGAAGAAUAUCCCCUUCCUAGGCUGGUUCAUGACUCUCUCGCGCACGGUGUUUAUUGAUCGCGCAAACCGUGAAACGGCAAUGAAGGCUUUUGAUGGCGCCGUCGAGGAGAUGAACACGCAUCGCCAGAGCGUGUUUAUUUUCCCCGAGGGGACGAGGAGCUAUUCCGACGAGCCGACGCUGCUGCCCUUUAAGAAGGGCGCCUUCCACCUGGCUGUCAAAGCGGGCGUGCCCAUCGUGCCGAUUGUGACGGAGAACUACGCGCAUGUGCUAUCACCCCGUAUGGGACGGUUCGAGGCGGGGACGAUCAAGAUCAAAGUUCUGCCUCCUAUCCAGACCAAGGAUCUCACCGCGGCCGAUGUCGAUAGCUUGACCCUGUCGACGCGCGAGUCCAUGCUUAGCACCCUGGUGGAGAUGGCCCACGCCAACAAGGAGAAGAUCAAUGCUGCUCGCGGCGCGGCCGUCUCUACCGCUGUCGAAAUCUAA